GGUUGAUUAGGUUUCUAUCAAUCUCACACUACCACUAGAGAGCAUAAGAGACGCCACAUACUCGAUCCAAGUCUCUUGUGCAGAUCGAUCGAUCGAGUAUACGUCAAAAUGAAGGUUUUCAUGGCAGUGUGCAUGUUGGCGGUGGCCGUCCGGCUAGCCGCCGCCAUCGUGGUGCCGUCGGCGGCGCCGUGCGCGUUGACGGUGGGUUUCUACAAUGGCAAGUGCGGCAACGUCAGCGUCGAGUCCGUCGUGUACGAUACUGUGAAGGCCUUCCUCGAUGCUGACAAAUCCAAGGGCGCCGCCCUCGUGCGCCUGUUGUUCCAUGACUGCUUCGUCAAUGGGUGUGACGGAUCGAUCCUUCUUGAUAAUUCGACCACAAAUCCUUCACCGGAGAAGUUCGCCGGUGCGAACCUCGGCAUCGCCGGGCUCGACGUGAUCGACGCGGUCAAGGCCAAGCUCGAGACCGCAUGCCCCGGCGUCGUCUCCUGCGCCGACAUCGUCGUGUUCGCUGGCCGCGACGCGUCGAGGUACAUGAGCAACGGCGGCGUCAACUUCGACGUCCCGGCCGGCCGCCUCGACGGCAUCGUCUCGUCCUCCGUGGACGCCCAAAAUACGCUCCCUGACUCCAAGGCCGACAUUGGCAAGCUCAUCGCCAACUUCGCGGCGAAGGGGUUCACCCCGGAGGAGCUGGUCAUCCUCUCCGGCGCGCACUCCAUCGGCAAGGCGCACUGCUCCAACUUCGACGACCGCCUCACCGCGCCGGACUCCGAGAUCAACGCCGACUACCGCGACAACGUCCUGAGCAAGACCUGCAAAUCCGCCCCGAACCCGACGCUGGCGAACAACAUCCGCGACAUCGACGCGGCGACGCUGGGGGACCUGGCGAGCUACGUCGUGCCGGCCGUCGGCGGCGACUACCUGGACAACAGCUACUACAAGAACAACAAGAACAACCUGGUGCUGUUCAACUCCGACUGGGCGCUCGUCGGCAGCAACGCCACGCUCCAGCACGUCAACGAGUACGCCGAGAACGGCACGCUCUGGAACAUCGACUUCGCGCAGGCGCUCGUCAAGCUCAGCAAGCUGGCCAUGCCGGCGGGCAGCGUCCGCCAGAUCAGGAAGACGUGCCGCGCCAUCAACUAUUAAUCCACUCUCUGUACCGUCGUGCGCUGGCGUUUUGUUGACAGUUGAUAUCGCAUCGAUCCGACAUUUUGGUUGCACAAUUCUUUGGUUUAUCCAAGUGUGGUGUCCGGCACGGCUGGGUGUCUAUCAUUCAUCGGUUUUUUGAGUCUGUAUUGUUUGACCCAAGGUUAAUUAAUCUCCGAAAUUUGUAUCGUGA